GAAGCUCGUCUCGGCGCGGGUGUCGUGGCUCGCGGGCGGGGCCGGACACCGAGGGCGUCACGCGGGGCUUUGUGAGCCGAGCCCUCCCCGGGACGCGCCGCGGGCGGUGGGGGCUGCGGCCCGGACCGCGGCGGCAUUUUCAGGGAGCCCUUCUGCCCGAGAGGUUUCCUGAAGUCCCGCUGAGGUGAUUCCAGCUAGUGCUGAAGCAGCCUUCGCCACUUCUUCACCUCCUUCAGCGCUCGCCCGGACAGUGGCGCACAGUGGUUCCUGGAAAAUAAAAAUUUUGUGGCUCGAAGUAUAAUCCUUCUGGACAAGGCUGCUGCAAAGCUUGUAUUUAUUUUGUAAAAGAUGGAGCAAGAACCAGAGAACGGAGAACCUGCUGAAAUUAAGAUCAUCAAGGAAGCUUAUGGAAAGGCCUUUAUGUUUGUUAAUAAAGGACUGAACACUGAUGAGUUAGGGCAGAAGGAAGAAGCAAAGAACUACUACAAGCAAGGAAUAGGCCACCUGCUUAGAGGCAUCAGCGUCGGGGCAGCUGAGCCAGGGCGCACAGGCCCUGCGUGGGAGUCCGCCAGACAGAUGCAACAGAAAAUGAAGGAAACGCUUCAGAACGUCCGCACCAGGCUAGAGAUCCUGGAGAAGGGCCUCGCCACUUCUCUACGGAACGACCUUCAGGAUGUGCCCAAGCUAUAUCCAGAGUUCCCUCCUAAAGACACGUGCAAGAAGUCACCAGAGCCCGAGUCGGUUGGUUUGGCCCCGCAGCAUGCUGAAGUAGAUGGCAGCCCUUCGGCUGCAGGUGCUGGGCCAGGUGCUGCUGCUGCUGCUGGACCCUCCCCUGCCGAAGCGCCGCCAGCCUACACCCCGCAGGCUGCGGAAGGCCACUACACUGUCUCCUAUGGAACAGAUUCCGGGGAGUUUUCAUCGGUGGGAGAAGACUUCUAUAGGAACCAUUCCCAGCCGCCCCCUCUUGAGACCCUGGGGCUCGAUGCAGACGAGCUGAUUUUGAUACCAAACGGGGUGCAGAUCUUUUUUGUAAACCCUGCGGGUGAGGUUAGUGCUCCAUCAUACCCCGGGUACCUGCGCAUCGUGAGGUUCUUGGAUAAUUCUCUGGAUACAGUUCUGAACCGCCCUCCUGGGUUUCUCCAGGUGUGUGACUGGUUGUACCCUCUGGUUCCUGAUAGGUCACCAGUUCUGAAGUGCACCGCGGGAGCCUACAUGUUUCCAGACACCAUGUUACAAGCUGCAGGGUGCUUCGUGGGGGUUGUUCUGUCCUCUGAGCUCCCAGAGGAGGACAGAGAGCUGUUUGAGGAUCUGUUGAGACAAAUGUCUGACCUUCGGCUUCAGGCCAACUGGAAUAGAGCAGAAGGAGAAGAUGAAUUCCAAAUCCCCGGGACAGCAAGACAGCCCUCUGAGCCAUCGAAGGAAGCUUCUGGCACCGAUGUCAGGCAGUCCAGUUCUUCAGGUUCUUCAAUAGACCAAGGCAGGAGGGAUGCACGCCAUAAAGGAAAGCGUGGGAAAAAGACUAAAGGUACUUCAAGUGAAGACGUUAAUUUGAGCCAUAUUGUGCCCUGCGAGCCGAGUUCAGAAGAAAAAUCAAAAGAACUGCCUGAAUGGAGCGAGAAAGUGGCCCACAACAUCCUGUCAGGUGCUUCCUGGGUGAGCUGGGGUUUAGUCAAAGGUGCUGAAUUUACUGGCAAAGCAAUCCAGAAAGGUGCUUCUAAACUCCGGGAGUGGAUUCCACCAGAGGAAAAACCGGUAGAAGUGAGUCCAGCUGUCACCAAGGGCCUCCACAUAGCAAAGCAGGCAACGGGAGGAGCAGCAAAAGUCAGUCAGCUCCUGGUUGACGGUGUCUGCACAGUAGCAAGUUGUGUUGGCAGAGAACUUGCUCCACAUGUCAAGAAGCACGGAAGCAAACUCGUUCCAGAAUCUCUGAAGAGAGACAAAGAUGGGAAAUCUGCCCUGGAUGGUGCCAUGGUUGUGGCAGCAAGUAGUGUUCAAGGAUUCUCAACUGUCUGGCAGGGAUUGGAAUGUGCAGCUAAAUGCAUCGUUAACAAUGUGUCUGCAGAAACCGUACAAACUGUCAGAUACAAGUAUGGACACAACGCUGGAGAAGCCACACACAACGCAGUGGACUCUGCUAUCAAUGUUGGAGUGACUGCCUACAAUAUUAACAACAUCGGCAUCAAAGCCAUGGUGAAGAAAACUGCAAAGCAGACAGGACACACUCUCCUUGAGGACUAUCACAUCAUUGACAGCUCUCAGAGGGAAAGCCUAGAAGGAGCAGCGGGCACAGAUGUUAGAAGAGACACCGAAAAGCAGGAGGAAGAGAAGAAAGGGCCAAAGAAGAACGAUAAAUAACAGGCGUUCUGGAAGUGACCUACACCAAAGCCUUACCAGAUGGAGGAGUGGGGAACAGAUGUGGAUUUUCCACAGAAGGAACAGUAUUUUUUGUGUGUGUUCAUUCCUACACAGUUACUGUCAGAAGUUUGGGCAUGUAUCCACUUAGAAGGAAAAUAAUCAGUAUUCUUACAUCUGGCUUCUAGAAAUAUGCAGUUUAUAGUCUCAGUAAGUUUAUUUUCCCUUAAACGUGGCUAAAAUAUUUUUGCAGUUAAAAUAAAGCUUAUAAUAUAUAUGAUUUAAACCUAAUGUCAAUCUAUUUUUAUAUGUGCUAGCCUUCAGAAAGCAAAGUACAAAACUGUACUCACAAUUUCACAGCCGCCUAAGUUCUAGUUAUGCUGGGAAAUGACUUAAUGUCAUCUCCUUUCUUUUGCACUAAUUGUGGAUCUUUUGAGAUGCCCAACAUAAUUUUCAGCAUAUAAGCUAAACAAAACCAUGAUCGGAAAGUGUUUUUUUCAGAUAAUGGUUUAGAAGUUUUUCUCAAGUGGGGAAGAACUUGGCCGUGAAAAUGCCAUGAAACUCUGUGACGUUAUCUCUUAUUUGCUAGCUCUCCUGCCUCCUAGGAACCAACAUGGCCUUGUGAUUUAAACUGAAGAAAAUGUGUCUUCAAGUCUUUAGGGUUGAGACUAGGAAAUGUUUUGAUAAAAUGAUUUUUAUUAAUGCUUUGAGAAUUUCGUACAGGCGUAAGAUAAUGUCGCUCCAACUCUUCCCAGGUCCACCCCUUUACCGCUUCGCCCAACUUCAUGUUCUUUUGUUUAAAUAACUCAGUGAGUAGUCCAGUUUCGGCUGCCCGUGCUCAUGGCUGUGGGGCCGUCUACCACGGACCAUGCUCCUCAGGAAAACGGGCUUCUCCCCUCCCCAGAAGCCAUCAGCUGUCAACAGGUCCUCAGCUAGGGCUGCAGGCUUGUGAGACCCGCCCACUGCAAGCUGGAGGCCGCUGGCUGCCGUGAGUUUGAGUGCAGGUUCUGUCAUAUCCAGGAGAUGUCCGUUUAUCCGGGCCUCCGGGCCUUCUGACUCUUACUGCCUUUCCACCCCUCUUCCUCCAUGUGCCCUCAGAUUUUUGGGGAGGGGUAGACUAGCAAAUGUUGAAGCGUGAUUGGUAUCCUGUUAAAAUUUAAAUGAUUGUUAUUGGUUUUAAGAAAUCACUUUUCCCUAUCUUCUGUAAGCUUUUCCUAAAUUUCUGGAAACUAAAACACAAACAUUGCACUUACUGAUAGUAAUGUAUUUCCACCUAGUCAUUAGAGUUUAGACUAAAAUUCAGUGAUUGAAAAGGGAGGAACCUAUUGAUAUCGCAGGAAAGAAUAUGGAAUCCUUUGGUGGGCAGUCCCCACUUUGGCAGAAUGCAGGACAGACAUUUGCUAAUUCUCUUUUAAGCCACAAAUACAUAAUUAAAUACUCCAUGCUAUUUUGCUUCUUUUAGUUUUUAACAAGUUGAUAUUGGCUUUUAUAGUUAUGUUCUACGGUAAUCGCUUCUGCACCUGUAGUUGCCUCGCUUCUAGAUUUCAUUUGGAAUUGGCUAAUGAAUGCUGUUUGAGAAUAAAAUGGUUUCUGAAUUGCUGAGCCUCAAA